UUCUUCAUUUUUGUUGAGCCUGCGAUUAACACCAAAAGUAGGCGAGACACUGGGUUCCGCGGAACCCUUACGAAUUUUUUUGUAUUGCUAUGAGUUACAAUUUAUGACAAAAAUCAGCAAAGACCCAUCGAAACAACAUCUGAUACACAAAUUUAAUAAUACUUUUAGAUAUUUGGAUGAUAUUUUGGCUCUCAGUAAUGACGACUUCAAAAUGGACUUCCUAGAAGUAUUAGAAGCCAACAAUCAGAGUAGAAACACAUCAGUCCAGGAUAACACACAACUAACAGUACAAAGAUUAGUGAAGUUAAGAAGACAAAGAGAUGCUCUCAAAAUUCAGUUACAGACUGUAGAAACUAUGAUUUCAGAAAACAAUGUGUCAUUGGGAGAAGAUACUCCAGAGAGAGAUACAGAGGAAUUAACUGAUGUAAAAAGUCAUCAUCGUGAAUUGUCUACCUUGAUGGAUUGUUACAGAUUAACAGGAUUUUCAGUGUUUUCUGUUGACAAUACCAACAUUAUAUUCAGUUAUGACACAUCACACAAAGGCAUUUGUCACGAGACAUUUUACUUAGAAAUUCAGGAUUUGGAAAAUGAGAAUUUCAAGGUGAUGAGACAUUCUUUUCCUGGUUUUAUUCCUGUCUUGGAUUUGGAAGAAACAUUACUGAAGGUAGACCCUAGACAGUUUCUGCUUAAGCUCAAUGAUUACUUGUUUGCAUUUAUAACUAGAAGAGAAGAGGCAAAAAUUGUACAGGGAAAAUUAAAUGUAGAUUACACUGAACCUGUUGACUUUAUUGAAAUAAAGAUAGGAAAUUCUUCAGAUAUACUUCAGCUAGAAUUCCAGUUAACAUACACUGAUCUACUUCACACAAUGCCAUCAAAGACUAGAUUAACUGUAAUUGUUAAUGAUGAUUCUGAAGGCCAUGGUGUAAAGCCAAAGGAAAAACUUGUCAAAGAAUGGAAAAACAAUUUACAAACAGAACUGCUGACAGAUGCAGUUUUUAAUAUUAUGAAGGAUUACAAAAAUCUCACAUCUUACCAUUUUGAUAAAUAGAAAUAUAUCCAAGCUUUAAAGGGGCAUUAGCUCCGAGAUGUAAAAAAUAUUAAAAUAUGAUUUUUUUU